CCUGCCUCAGCCCAAGCUCAUCCAUCUCCUCUGCCUUUCUUGAGUCGCUUUGCUUAAUUAAGUUCUUUUGAGCUAAUCAGGUGGAGAACUCAAGUGCUAGCUCAACCAAAAAUAAAUAAAUUCUGUAGUGCUUAGUGAAGUUCAUAAAUCUGAAAACACCAAAAAUAUUUCCCUUUGAAUAAACACAUGGAACGCUGAACGACGAAUGUUUGUGGUGGUGUAACACUCAGCAAGAACGACUAACCUUCCUAUAAUUGUUAUAUCCCUCGCGUAUUGUGUGUGCUAAUAAUUUCCAGGAACCAUGAUCGGGAAGGCCAAAGAAAGGAUCAAGAGGGCUCUCUCGAAGAGCUCGAGGAGUUCAUGGAGCUCAUCUUACUCGCGGGAUACUAUGUCGGUCGACUACGGUCACCAUACAAAUGUAUCCCGAGAUGAAGAAGAAACUCCAGCAGUCCCGAGACCCCGUCUCCGCAUUAGGGUCCUGACGAUGGUCGAGCAGAUCGCCGUCAAGAACGACUACGAAUGGGAGGCCCUUGAGCUACUAAAGAAGCAAAACUUCGGCCAUGCCAAGAGGUUUGAAACUCGCUUCCUCAUAAAAACAGGGCUCAAGCAGGACAUGAACAAUGCCCUCACUGCUGUCGGAUGGGAGAACUUCGCCGACAUUGUUGAGCCAGGUUCGCAACUCUUAACCAUGGAAUUUCUCAUUUCUCUUGCCAUUGAAGAAACCGGUGCUGAAACUAAAGUUUAUUUCCGUCUCUUCAAUGAACAAUUUGUGAUAAAACUAAAAGAUUUUAGCAUCGCGUUGGGCUUUCAUAAAAGAUGUAUCCUUGAUCCCAAUGAACUUGCUAAGAAACAUCGCUAUGAUCGAAACUCAUGGUGGAGCGCAAUCUCAAAUGAACCUGUGAGUAGUAAGAACAGCAUAGUCUCCAUCCAUAAUCCUACCCUGAGGUUCCUAGCCAAGUGGCUUGCCAUGGUCGUGCACCCCCAUGCAGACCCUCGCCUCUGUAGUUUGCCCGAGCUGCAGUACCUGUAUGCUAUGGCAAAGCAUAUCCGCUGCUCUCCAGUCAGAACCAUGCUUACUUACUGGCAGAAGAUGAUCUCCGGUAAAAGCCCCAUCGAUAUGACCUCCCUGGUCACUCGCAUUGCGAGGUACAUCGGUGUGUUGGAAAAUGCCGAGGUCACCUUCAUGCCAGAGACUGAGGCAUUUAGGUACGAGGUCGGCCUCGAACACUUCAUGCAAGGGCACAUGAUGCGCGAAGGGCCCGGAAACUCUAUCUUUAUGUGUUACCCCGGGUACGAUAGGGAGAUCAAGCUUCCAUGCCCGAGUCUCUCUCUCUACUCAGUGAACAGCCUAACCUUGCAGAUGGAGAAGAAGGAGCCCUCACGACGUAGUGUUGCAGGUCCACAGACGAGAAGCAGAGCCCGGCAGAACCAACAAGCCAGAGUAGGGCCAUCAAGCCAAGCACCCCCGGCCCCCACUACUGCGUAGCCCGGACCUUCUACUCAGAACAUGUGCUUUGAGAAAGCAUAUGGGUUGGUCCCUCGGCAUCAACACGCUUCGACUAUGAGGACCCGAUCAUGUGGAGCAUCUCCGACCUCUCGAGCCAGAUCACCACCCUUGGCACACAGCAGCAGCAGAUGCAGGACACCAUAGCACACAACACCCAGCUGGCUUAGCAGAGCUGGGGGUUAACAUCGGCCAUGCAUUAUGACGUCUCCAACGUUUUCCUCCACCUGGGGCUGGAUUACCAACCGUCCCAGCCGAACUAUCAUCCCCAGCAGUACCAGCAGCCCGAACAAGAGAACAAUGAUGAUGAGGACGAGGAAGAGGAAGAAGACCCCGACGAGGAAGGGCAGGACUCCGAUGAGGAGGACUGAGCUUCUUUCAAGCUGGGGGGGUCGUACCGCCAGGUAAGUCACCACAUCCCGACCAUUUUCAGUAGCCAUGCCUCAAUAAAUAAAUAAGCAAAAAAAUAAUAAUAUAUAUAUAUCUCAUGCUAGAAUAAAUAUAUUAGUGGAAAUCCGUGUAAGCUCUUGCUUUGGAAAUGAUGAAUAGUUGCUCUAUUCAUGCCCCAUAUGUGCCUCGUUUACAGCUUUUUACUCCCCUAGUACAUGAGCUUGUUGGCAUAUUUUAGUUCCACUGAAAAAUGGUUGUGUGGAGGCAUGAGUUUAAUUUUCCAAAGUCUAAGUUGUUGUGAGAUUCGAGAUAGCCCAAACCAGAUUUAAAACUGCUUGCUCUAGUAGGGAACCUCUCGAAAUCUUUCGAAAAUUAAAAUCUUGAUGAAGGUUUCCCACAUGAUUAUAAUAACCCAUCCAUAGCCUUUCAUGUUGUAUAAACCAAAAUGAGCUAUCUUGUGUUAUCAUGAGCUUUGCCGAACAGUGUGUCCACCUAGGAAAUGGAACUUACCAUCUACCGAUCUAUUUCCCUCAUGCAACCAUCGUUUGCUAGCCUCAAAUGUCUGGUCUAUCAUCCACCCACUCCGGGAUUGACAUCCACUGCCAGGCACCAUUCACCUGCUAUCAUACACCCAAAGUCUCCACAAUACACCCAAAGUCUCCACAAUACACCCAGACAUCCCAUAUAAGGUCUUCUCAUCUUGAAACUCCAGAAAUAUUAGAAUCAAAUCAGCAAAAGGGAGUGGGGAUUCUUCUCUAAGAGAGAGAGAGAGAGAGAGAGAGAGUUGAAAAUGGAAGAAGAAAAUUCCACUCUCCCAAAGAGUUGCAAACAAGGAGUUUAAUAAAAGACCAAAUUCCCUUUCCAUAUGUGAGUCCAUCUCUCUCCAUCCUUUGACAUUCCACAAGAUCAGAAUUUGGUUGAGUUCCAAUUCUUCACGGAUCACCAUUCGGCUUGGCAAUAUAGGUAACCAUGGUAUGCAACACUCUUUCUACCCGUGAACUCCACAUAUCAGCCUUAGAGGUAGGAAAAAGAGGGUCAAAACUCCGACCCCAUGUGAGGAUAAUACACCUUGAGUGACUCGAGGGCACCAUUGGGAAACCUAAAUUUCUCUUGAAAAAUCUUGCAAAACUCUGAGCUAGGAACUUGAACAGGCAGCAGAAAACUUUCCGGUGAAGGUUGUUCAGUCCUUCAAAUGCUCAAGACCAAGGGAUGCAAAUGAAUACGCCCCAUCCUACAGAACCUUAGGUAUGAGCCAACUUACCCAUAGUACAUAUGGGACAAGUAAUCUACUAUGCACAAGGUACUUGCAGGGUGUGAACAUUGAUGCAACUCCUGAUCCACCGAGCCUCAGUUUGAGCUUUGCUCGAGGACGAGCAAAAGUUUAAGCUUGGGGGGGCGUCGACGGCCAUUAUUUCACAUUCUGAACAUCAACUUCUUGGGAAUAAAUUGAGCUUUACACUAUGUUUCAUUCAUAUUUUAUUUAAUUCUAAUAAGUUCCAUAAGUUUUGGAUGAGUUUUGAUUUCAGGAGAACACAUGCCAAAAAGGGACAAAACUGGGCAAAAUCCCAGGCCGACCGGCCUCUCCUAGGCCGGCCGGCCUGGCACCUCCACACACCAAGCCACGUCUUCAGUCCAGGGGCAAUUUCAUGCACUCAAGUGCCUCUGAGUCGUAGAUUGGAUCUCGGUUCGAUCGAAUGGACCGAAAGGCUUGCACAAGGAUCAAAGGACCCACAAUUCAGUGCAAAGACAUGUCCAAGUCAGCAAUCCACCUCCUAGGAAGAUCACAAGUGUACACUUGCAAUGUCGGUGCAACAGAGGGCCGAGGAGAGCCAGAGGGAGGCUGGCCUGCCUCCCCUAGGCCGACCGGUCUAGCACAUGCCUGUGUACAAUCCAAGCAAGCUACACUGACUUAAGGGAGUGAUCACAGACGUUCAGGAGAAGGCGGUGGCCAGAUGGCCACACCACCAGGCCGGUCUACCUAGGAGAGGCUGGCCAGCCCCACUUGGUAGCCACUCAAGCUCUGGCUUCACGUGGAAUACAAGCACACCGACUUUAACCACUUAAAACUGACGCCAUGUGCUUCACCUGCUCAGAACUGACCUUGGAAGGCUAUAAAUAGAACCCCCAUCCAUCACUUGUAACACACACCAUUGGAGCUCAUUCUCUCUUCACUUUCUAGAGUAGGAUUAGUAGUUUGGGAGUUAGAGUCGACUCGAGCUUUCUUGGG